AUGGUGAACAAAUUCUCUGCCGACUACUCGUCGAGCAUCAACUCGACACCAGCCAGGCCUGCAUCUCGCUCGCAUCUCUUCUCUUCCAAUGCGCCUCACCUGGCGAGUACGACUCCUAUCGCUCCUCCUCCUUCCCAGAUCUUCGGCAGCUCGACCUUUGGCUCUGGUGUCAGUAAGCUGCAGCUGUCCAAGCCUUCAAAAUUAUCCCCGCCACUUGGUCCAUCCAGAAACAAUCCCGCCCUUCCUCCCACAAAAAAUGCCAUCCCCGGCAAGAUAGCUUCCAGGCCGUAUCACACGUCCUUCAACACAUCACUAGCCUCGGAAUACACCAUUCACAGUGAGGAUGACUAUGCCGAUCAAGACAUGGAAGAGGACGAUGACCAAGAUGACACAAACCUCCGCCUCCCGCAAGGCGUUCGGUCCGUCAAUCGACAGUCUGCUGCGUCACUGCUCAAGUUCAGCCAGCGGGAUUCAAGGAUGUCGACUCCACGCAAAUCUCUUCGCAGCUCGCGACUUUCCGCCCUGCCUAACAAAGGCAACGACUCGGUCGUCCCCAACCUCGCCCGUGAAUUAGCUGCGAGAGCGCAGUCUGCCCAUUUGACUGAACCCGAUGAGGUCAUUCUCAGGACAGAACAAAUUCUUCGCCAACUAGACGAACAAACACAAUAUCUAAGAGACAAUGCCAGGAUUCUCCGCGCAAUCACUGAUCACGUCUACCUCCUCCUUCCUGAAUGGCAGCGUUUCGUUGAAAUCGACCGGCCUUCGCUCGACAGCAGCGACAUAGGCCCCCAGCCUUCGGCAACACCCUUCGCCAAAGCCAAUUACCUUGCCUCCUUGCUCCUAGCUCUUCAUCAUCCACCUCCGUCAUCGGACGGCAUGGUUCUUCCUACUCCGCAGAUCCUCCUCGAUUGGCUCGAUACCUAUCAUGUGUCGUACGAACCGCUUUACGGGACAGUUGCCUCAACCCAUCCCAAUUGCACAUCCCAUGACCUCUUCUGGGAUGCCGUACAAAGCCUGAUGCUGCGAGGAAAGUUUGACUUGGUCAUGCACCUCUUUGCCGAGGCAGAUUUUAGAUAUGCCGCCUCCGCGGUAGAUGAUGGAAUGGACGAACCUGGCUACAAGGGUGCCCAACUCCAGUCAGUACAGAGUGUCAUAUACAGAGCUCGGCUCCUUCUUAAUUCAUGCCCUGUUGUUCAAUCUGGGGAUUGGAAUGUUACAGGACCUGAAUGGGACCUGUUCCGCACUCAGGUGGAGUCCGAAUUGGACAACCUGACGGAUCUGGCAGCUUCUCAAAAUGACGAAGACAGCACUUCCUUCGAAGCUGAGAACUUUGGCCUUCGCAAGCCCGGAAUGAGCCUCCUUGGGAAACUUGGUCAGAGCACGCCAUCAGCUCUUCCCUGGACAAUCUUUCAAAAUCUCAAAAUUCUUUACAGCAUUCUACUAGGGAGUGCCGAAGAGAUUGCCGCCCAGUCGCAAGACUGGCUAGAAGCUGCCACCUCAUUGACGAUAUGGUGGGAUGGUUCUGUGGAUGCUGCAGUCGCCCAGUGGAGUUUUGAUGUCAGUCGUGCUAACAACCUGGCUGAAGAUGUUGGGGAUCUCAACCCUUAUGUUGGUCGACUUCGAGAUUCAUUCCUGAGUGUGACGGAUCCCAAUGACAACAACUCGUUCCAGAUCAACGCCAUGUCACCGGUUGAAGUGGGGCUCGGAGCUAUACUGCAAGGCAGUCCUCAAAGCGCGUUGAUUGUGCUGCGGGCUCUAUCCCAAUGUGUUGCCUCGUCCAUUGCUGAGAUCGGAACAAAGGCAGAUUGGAUUGAAGCUGAUACCUCAGCUCGACCAGCUGGCCUGAACGAGGAGGAUCUGAUGGUACUCAGUUACGGUGCUCCUAAGCAGGGCGUCGGUAAGGACGACAUCCUCCUAGGAUACGCUGACCGAGUUUUUGAAAAGCCUAUCUUGCGACUUGCUGAUGGGUCUGCUGUUGAAGGCUGGGAAGUUGCCAUCUCGAUUGUCACCAGAUUAGACGAUCGCGAGGUGAUGCACACGGCUGUCACCAGGUUUCUUGAACGGCUCGAAGUCGUGUCGCAAGAUCGCGCUGAGAAGCUCACGAAUCUGUGUUCAGACCUUGGUCUUCAAGACGAAGCACGUAACGUAUCGGAUCGGUUCGGCGACUAUCUCGUUAACAAUACCGCCGAAUACGGUACCGCGUUGUUAUGUUACGCCAGAAGCCAUGCAUCACACAAAAUCCGUCACCUGAUUGAUCUGCUGGUCAGCUACUCGCUCGUGCAGUCUAGGGCUUACCCACCGGAGGAUGAGAUGGACGAGGGAUUGCAGAGCCUGGUGCAAAAUCCCAAAACGGCCUUAUCAGAUAUUGCUGAAGUCGACCCGGAAGCUGCCGAGAUGUUACAAUUCUACCUAGUCGGAUAUGCUUGUCUGCGCCGAUUCUACGCUCUGAGGGAUGAGGACUCGCUUCCAAAUGGACAGGGUAGUUUGUCGAAUCUUCAUCCUUUUGCACGCAAACAGGCUGCAUCCAAGGCCCUGGUGGCAGCAAUCAACAGCGCCGCGGACAGCAUCUAUGGAGGGCUAUACGACCCAGACCGCCAAUCUGCCAUUCAGGUCGACGGGUUGCUAACACUGCUGGGGGAGGCCACCGCCCUUCUUGCAAGUAACAGCGCUUCUGACAAAAACGUCCUCACUUCCCAGCAGAUCUAUGCUCUCUUAGCGGCCAUCGAGGACCUGUCCACUGUAUCUCCACGUGUGUACGAGGCCACGGAAGAAUGCCUGCAGGCUGCACUACGGAAUUACCACGGCUCUCAGCCGCCUAGCCCGCACGCCCUUCUGAAGAAGAGCAUGUCCUCGGGCACCAACUCCAACUUCAGCUUCAGCAUGAUUGGGUCGGAGAUGUUGGCGAAGAGUGAUCUAACGAGCACAGGGGCUGGCGGGAAGAGUGCAGCAAGCAGUGGAGUUUUGGUUCCUGAGCCGAGAAGUGAUAUUGUCAGGGGGUGGGACUGGAGAGCGAGAUUCAAGGAUAAGGAUGUCGUUGGACGGGAUGUUGUCAAGGUGCUGAGGUUGGGACUCGCGGGGGAGUUGAGCAUGGUUGAGCUGACAGCCGAAGCAUGA